AUGUCCGCCAAAACAGCAUUGAAAACUAGACUUUUUUCCACAACCUCUACUUUGAGGGCAUCUGCACAACCCACUACAGCCACCACCUCGGCAUCUUCCUCGCCACGCCAUUUGGUUAACAUUUCACAAUUGUCAAACGAUGAGUUUAGCUCGCUUAUCAACAAAGCACAAACAUUAAAGUCGAUAUACAAGUCUGGCCUGCAACAGCAAAUUGUUGAGAACCACCAAAAAUUGUUGGGCAAAUUAGUUGCAUUACUCUUUUCCAAAAGAUCUACUAGAACCAGGAUAAGUACAGAAGGUGCUGCAUCAUUUUUUGGCGCUCAACCCAUGUUUUUGGGUAAAGACGAUAUCCAACUUGGGGUCAAUGAAUCGAUGUAUGAUACCACUAGAGUCAUUAGCUCAAUGACAUCAUGCAUAUUUGCUAGAGUGAAUAAGCACCAGGAUAUCUUGGACUUGUGCAAGGACUCGAGUGUUCCUAUUAUCAAUUCCUUGUGUGACAAGUACCACCCAUUGCAAGCCAUUGCUGAUCUUUUGACCAUUAAAGAAAAGUUUGGUGAGACCAAGGGGUUGAAAUUGGCAUGGGUAGGUGACGCCAAUAAUGUUAUUAAUGAUUUGGCCAUUGCAUGUUUGAAACUCGGAAUUAACGUGUCGGUAUCGAUUCCAGAGUCAAUCAAGUUUGAUCAAGAAGUAGAGUCAGAUGCCAAAAGCUUAGCUGGCGAGCUAAAUCUUAAUUUUGAAAUCGUGAAUGACCCCAAAGAAGCAGUAAAGGAUGCAAACAUUGUGGUUACCGAUACGUGGAUCUCAAUGGGUGAAGAAGCACAGAAGCAAGCUAAAUUGAAACAAUUUGAAGGGUAUCAAAUCACACAACAAAUGGUUAAAGAAGGUGGAGUGAAUUCCAACUGGAUCUUUAUGCACUGUUUACCUAGACACCAAGAAGAAGUUGCAGAUGAUGUAUUCUACAGUGACAAUUCUGUGGUAUUCCAAGAAGCAGAAAAUAGAUUAUAUGCAGCAAUGGCAGUCAUUGAAGCAUUUGUAAUCAACAAAGGUGAUUUACUAAAAUAG